UUGUGUGUCACGGCUUUUACGUACAUUGUAAUUUUUUAGGAUAUAGUUAUUUACUAUUUGUCUAUUUUUAUUUGUUGACCAUUGUUCGUUUAAUUCUGAGAAGGGAAAGCAGGAACCUCAAGUGGAAUACCAAGUGUAUUAAUAAGAUAUGUAAUAAAAUCCAAAAAUAAAAAUAUAAUACAUUUUAUGUAAAUGUUAAUGUAACUACUUUCAAAAUGUUAGACUUAGAGAUGGAUAUUGAAGAAGCAGCAUUCUACUAUUGUUUUGGAUGUCUAUCUCGUAAGGAUGAUAAAUUAACGCAGACGUAUAUUAUUCAGAGUGAGGCUCUGAAAGUCGUAUUUCAAGUAGAUACAUUAAACUUAUGUUACAUCUGUAAAACAAUUGCGCAGAGAAGCGAGCAGUUUAUCAAGAAUGUGCAAAGAAAUCAAAGUUUUUUGGGAAACUAUAAAAGUAUUCCAGAUUCAAUUGAAACCAGCCACAAUGUGCCACCGUUGAUCAAUCUAUCUAGAAUAUCAUUAGACAACAUUCAGGUGACCAAUGAAAAUGAAGAUUUGGAAAAGCCCAUCUCUGUGGUAUACAGUUCACAUGCAGAAGAUGUUGAAAUUAAAUUGGAAUUAAAGCAAGAAGUGUCUAUGGAACCUUCGGAUGAGGAACUAAUUGAUGAAAAUGAUUAUCAAGAUUCAUCUAUAAAAGGCGAAAAAAAUGUAUUAGAAGAAUUAAAAGAAGAAAACGAUUCAAUCUCCGACGACAUCAAUUUAAAGCAACUCAAGAGAACUGUUAAGAAGAGUAAACUCAAGAAGAAAACUAAACGGCCUUUUCAAGAAAAGGGAGAAAAAAAAGAUAAAGAUCCAUUUAUUAAAGUUAUACGCGUAUCAAAGGAGCAAUGUUUGAAAGAGAGAAUGGAAAUGCGAGAGGACCUGAAAUACAAGAACUCAAUAUACAAAUGUGAGGACUGCGUCCGAGGGUUCAAUUUUAAGGAAACCUAUGAGAGGCACAUGGAAGCUCACAGUAAGGUGAUGGGUGAAUACGAAUGUGACAUAUGUAAGCGGAGAAUGAACAGUAUGGAGAAACUGGUGAGCCAUAAAAAGUACCAUGAAGUACGUUACGAGUGCAGUGAAUGCGGGAUGACCCGUCUCAAUAGGAUGACUAUUAAGGAUCAUUACACGGCUUUCCAUCUAAAUGACACGUUGCAGCAUAAAUGUUCGCUUUGCAACAAAAUGUUCAACCGCAAAGUGUCACUCAAGAAACACUUAGCGAACGUGCACAGAAAUAGGAACACGGAAAGGCUGGAGUGCAAGUACUGUACGAAAACUUUCGCGAACAAAGACGGGCUGAACAACCAUACCAUGCUGAAACACCCAACCGAACUGUCGGAGCGCACAUUCAAGCACUACAUAUGCCAGGAUUGCGGCGAAGCGUUCAAGAGUCCGUCACAGCUAAAGUACCAUAUGACGAAACACUCGGACACAAAGGCGUUCUACUGCGUAGAGUGCGAUAGAGGAUUCAAAUCAAACUACGCGCUGAAACACCAUCUUAAAACAGCAGCCCCCCACGCCAACUACUUAGAGCUUAGAUACCAAUGUGAGAAUUGCGAAAAAAGAUUCGGUGUACCAAGAGAGCUGGAGCGACAUAUGAACAAAGUUCAUCUCAACCGCAGACCCUACCAGUGCGAUAAGUGCGACAGGGCAUACCUCACCUUAUGGUCGCUGAAUCAGCACAAACGUUUCACUCACGAGGGCCAUAAGCGGCCAUUGAAGUACCCAUGCCCGUUAUGCGACAAAAUUUUUGCGGGUAGCGCUACACGCAAAGCGCACAUGCGCACGCACACUGGCGAGAGGCCGUACGUGUGCUCAAAGUGCUCAGCGACCUUCAGCCAGUCCGCCGCACUCGCCACACACGUCAAGCUGGUGCACCUCCGCCUGACGAGAGACGGCCAGCCCAAGAAACCUGCUGGCAGCUCCUAGACUACAUACCUCCAGUCGACAGCAUCCGGCAGCUCAUAGACUAUACAACAUAGCCGCGCCAUUAAAGAAUCUUUGCUAAUAUUAUAAAUGCGAAAGCGUGUUGUAGAGUUAUAGGAUGGAGUUGUUUUGUUC